AUGUGUAUGCUCACCCCACUUCUCGCUGCCUCCAUGGCACUUCUAGUGGAAGCGAGUGGCACUGCUGAAGACCCGACAGCUGCUAUUUUCGAUUCCGAGAUCAAUUUCCUAGAUAAUGACCUGCGUCCCAAAUGGGGACACAGGAAAUCUCCGCUCGUAGCGAUUGCCCUCCUGGCUGCCGCAGUUGCUGCGGCGAUUUUGGUCAUCCAGUGCUUCAGGGCCCUACAGUCCAACGAAAAUUCUAGCGCAUACGGAUUGCAUAUGAGGAGGCUUGCAACAGGAGAUUCACGCUCUUGCUCUACACUGGAGCAAGGAGUGCAGGCGUUGGUAUGGGAGUGCCUUGAGGCUUUGGAAAAGCAGUCAAAUGCGAAUGCAGGUGGAAAGUCGGAAAAGCCUCCUUACGAGCUUUGGCAAUACAUCACAGGAGAGUCGUACGGAAGGCCAUUCGGUUUUGGUACAGGCUUUGCGGCAUUGGCAACGAAGUUGCGUAUGGUGGUAGGCUCUGUGUCUGAAAUGGGGCAUGUGGAGUAUGUGGAGUCUGUCAAGCUUUCCAUUUCCCGAACAAAUGUCAUUUGUUACUGCACGCUGUUAUCCGCCCUAUGCGUUACAACUGUUCCUGUGGAGAGGUAG